UUGCGCUCUCAGUGAUCACUCUUUUCUCUCUGCACUGAGAGUUGCACCAGGAUUCUCUCACUUUUGUAGGAAGUGAAGGGAAAAGUACUCCUAGAGAUGGAUGCAAGAGAGGAAAACGAGGAUCCAAUGGAGAUGCAAGAUGACCAACAGAUGGAAGAAAACAACAAUCAAGAUGAGGAGAUGCAGGAUGUUGAUACAAGAUCUGAAAGUUGUGUUUCUCUUUCUGAUGAUGAAGAACAAUUGCUGAUGGGACAUGAUGAUGAGUUGGAUCUUGAGAAACCUCUGAGCGAGGAAGAGAUAGACGAGUUGAUUUCAGAGCUUGUGGGAGUAGAGAGUAAGGCGGCAGAAGCUCAAAAAGCAAUUGAAGAGGAGUCUCUUGCUAAAGUAGAGGGUGAAGUUAGGGAGAAACUAGCACGCACACUCCGUGGUGUUGAGCUGGAUAAAUCUGUAUCAGCUGAAAUGAUGACUUUUAAAGACGUAUGGGAGGAAACUCUUGAUAAUCUUGAAAUUAAAAGUGCAAACUUGUUGGAACAACUUGAUGGUGCUGGAGUCGAACUUCCAAAGUUGUACAAAAUGAUUGAAAGUCAAGCCCCUAGUCGUUGCCACACAGAAUUUUGGAAAAAAAGAACCCACUGGGUUGGGACUCAGGUAACAGAAGAAACAGUGGAAUCAUUGGCAAACGCAGAGACUUUUCUUCACACACACCGUCCUGUCCGAAAACGACAUGGGAAACUUUUGGAGGAGGGAGCUAGUGGGUUUCUGGAGAAAAAGUUUGCUGAUGAUGGUGUUAAAGAAUCUCUAGCUGGACCAUCUGAACUUGACUGGUCAUCUCUCAACAAAGUUUUUACGGAAAAAAAGGAUGAGGCUGUCUCCUUUGGUAGUAAGAAUUGGGCUUCUGUUUACUCGGCAAGCACUCCACAACAAGCUGCAGCCAUGGGAUUCGAGUUUCCAGGAGUCAAUGAGGUGGAGGAAAUUGAAGAGAUUGAUGCAGUCUUGGAAGGUACCUUUUUUGCUGAUGCAAUGGAAAACGAAAGAGAGCUUGCCCUAGCUGAAGAACAAAAGAAAAACUAUAAAAGGGUCAGAGAGGAUGAUGAUAUAAAUAUUGAUCGUCAACUUCGACUUCAUUUGAAUCGGAAGAGACGCAAGACAAGAUCUAAACAGGUUAUCAGGCACGAGGCAGAGAAUAGUGAUGAUGAGUCUGCGUGUUUGUAUGAGAAUAAUACUGUCCCUAACCGAGCUAGCAUUGUUGAUAUUCCAGAUGACGCUUCAAGUGAUGAACAUAUAGACUGCCACAUGGUUGUGGGAGAGAAACAAAGAACUAUGAGUGGUUUGCAAGACGAAGUAGAUGGCUACCUCCAUGAGGACUGGUGGGUGGACUCACUUGACAAAACUAACUACAAGGACUCGGACUAUAGUGGCAAAAUGAUCUUGCUGCUGGAUAUUUUAACCAUGUGUGCUGAUGUGGGUGAUAAGGCCCUCGUGUUUAGCCAGAGUAUCCCAACACUGGAUCUCAUAGAACUUUAUCUUUCAAGGCUACCUCGUAAUGGCAAACAAGGAAAGUUCUGGAAGAAGGGUAAAGACUGGUACAGAAUUGAUGGAAAAACCGUAAGCUCAGAACGCCAGAAGCUGGUUGAUAGGUUCAAUGAGCCUGAAAACAAAAGGGUGAAAUGCACACUAAUCUCAACCAGAGCUGAAUCCCUUGGGAUUAAUCUUUAUGCUGCUAACCGUGUGAUCAUAGUCGAUGGUUCAUGGAAUCCAACUUAUGAUCUUCAAGCUAUAUAUGGAGCUUGGAGGUAUGGUCAGAAGAAGCCAGUAUUUGCCUACAGGUUGAUGGCACGUGGGACUAUUGAAGAGAAGAUAUAUAAACCGCAAGUGACUAAGGAGGGGCGUGCUGCAAGAGUUGUGGAUAGACAACAAGUGCAUAGGAACAUCUCCAAAGAAGAGAUGUUGCAUCUUUUUGAAUUUGACGAAGCUGAAGAUAGCCAAAACACUUCACAGAAGGUUGGUUGCUGCUCAGACAAGAUGAUGGAGAACUUACUACAGAGACACAACCCCAAUUGGAUCUCUAGUUUACAUGAGCAUGAGACAUUGCUAAAAGAAAAUGAAGAGGAGAAACUGACAAAGGAAGAAAAAGACAAGGCCUGGGAAGUUUACAGGAGAGCGUUUGAGUGGGAAGGAGUUCAGCGUGUAGCUCCAGAGCUCCAAAAACCUUUGCCUUCACCACAAACAGUGCCCCCACGGCUCCCAAAGAGGUUCAACAGAAGUCGUUUUGUGAUCCCCAACUGCACUAGAACGGCGCAUCAGCGUACAUUCAUAGCCCAAGGAAGAAAAGUUGAUAGCAGCACGGUUUGUGGUGAGUGUGGGCUCGUCUUAACGUGGGAAGAUGUUACUACACCUGCGCCCAAAAUAGAUUACUUUUGA